UGGAGCUCGCGGGGACUUCAGGUCCGCCUGCCCGUGUCCUGAGGGUGACCAGCUUGAGAGCGCGCCGCGGGCGAGCCGCGCUGGAGUGCUGAAGUCUGCUCCUUUCUUCAUCGUUUUCUGUAGGAAAAGCAGUAGAGAUGCGAGUGGGCACGAGUUAACGGAAAGCUAGGAAUUGUAAUUUCUUUGCAGCAGAUGGUAAGGAUAUUAAGUAACUUGCCCGAGUCACACAGCUAGUAAGAGGCAGAGUAACUGUGGAAUUAAUGGAGCCAGAAGGACCCUCAGAAUCAGUGAGUUCAGAAAAAUCAGUAUUUUUUUCACCUCACGAAGAAGAUAAUCAAGAAUCAGAAUCAGAACCAGCAAGCACCGUGAACCCUCUCCUGCGGCCUGCUCUCACGGGGGAUGUCGAAGGUUUGCAGGAGAUCUUUGAGGACGCUGAGAAUCCGCAUCAUGAACACGCCAUGCAGCUAGUCUUGCAAGAAGACAUUGUCGGGAGAAAUUUGUUGUAUGCAGCUUGCAUGGCUGGGCAGAGUGGCAUCAUUAGAGCCUUGGCAAAAUAUGGCGUGAAUCUGAACGAGAAAACUGCCAGAGGGUACACACUCUUGCACUGUGCUGCAGCCUGGGGCCGUUUGGAAACUUUGAAAGCCCUGGUGGAACUGGAUGUCGAUAUAGAAGCUUUGAACUUCCGGGAAGAAAAAGCUCGCGAUGUUGCAGCUCGGUAUUCCCAGACUGAGUGUGUUGAAUUCCUGGACUGGGCAGAUGCAAGGCUGGCUCUGAAAAAAUAUAUUGCAAAGGCCACUUUGGCUGUUACUGACACUGAAAAGGGGCCAGGGAAGCUCUUUAAGGAAGAUAAGAACACCAUCCUUAAUGCAUGCCGUGCAAAAAAUGAGUGGCUGGAAACCCACACGGACACUUCUAUUAAUGAGCUCUUUGAACAGAGACAACAGUUAGAAGAUAUUGUGACUCCUAUCCUCACAAAAAUGGCUACACCCCGUCAAGUGAAAAGUGCCAAAUCUGUAACCUAAGCCUGGGUCAGAAGAAAAGUCAAGAUUAUACCUUCUAUUGAGCAUUCAUUUUGUACAAGGCCACAUUUUCUUUUAGUAUCUGUAAAAAUAAACCUUUUCAUGCCAGUAGAAAGCAAGACAAUAGAUGUGGGGUUUUAUAAAAAUGUACGGGUACAAAAUUCAGUUACCUCUGUUUUGUUCAGCAUGCUUAAAUCCAGACUCCGGACUUGCUUUUCCUCUAAGCACAACCGCUGUGAGUUCCAUGUACUCCUAGAGGAGAGCAGUUUAGUAAAAAGUCACUCAUAAAGAUCUUUAUGGAGACUUUGAAAACUACCUAGAGAAUCUAAUAAUUUUCUGUAUUAUUGAGGCAGGACAUUCCAUUCAACCAAUGAAGUUUAUUUUAAAAAGACACAUAUAUGUAGUCCCAGGGGAAAAAAAAUUGUUGUAUCUCAAAAGAAAAUCUAUGGAAUUACAUUCUGAAGUAAGGGUAUAUUAAAUUUUGUUUGGCUCAGGGUCCUCUGGUUAUAACUACUACUUUUUAUGUCCAAAGUCACCUUUAAGGUGGGAUACAGUCUCUGAGUAAAACCCUUGUUUAUCUUUGACUUCUUUGUAACUUUAACAAGCACAAAUCUGUAUAGUUUUACAUUUAGAAGAUUUCCCCUAUUCUGUGGGUCUCACUACAUAUAGAUAGAUAGACAGACAGAUAUCUGGACUCCAUACUUUCUAUGCUUCUGUCCCGUUUUAUCUUUCCUUGUUUUAAAAUGUCUUAGUUUAUUUCAUAUUGGUGAUUUGAAAAGCCCUUUUAUCAAGUUUAGUUCAUCAAAUCCCUGAACCUACUAUUGUGCUGUACUUUUUGGAGAAGUUUUAUAGAAAAGAAAAUGUUAGAUUUUAAAAUAUUACUCCUUGUUCUUAUGACUGUCCCUUCUUUGUGCUAGCCUGAAAGUGGGGUUGUCAUUAGAGGGAGGCAGAGAAAAGAAGCAAGCAAUGCAGUCAUUCCUUGUCCGUUGACAUUUUCUCCACUGCGGGUUUUGAUAUAACCCCGUCUCCCAGAUUUUUAAGUCUUGAAAUCGUUUUAAUGAAUAGGAAUUCUGCUUCCAAAUGUAUUAAAGCAAAGGAAUAGGGCAGUUAACUCUCAUCCCCUUCUCUGGUGGAUCUGGUGGGUGUUUUUGGAGUCGUCCCAAGAACAACUGGGUUUGCCAUGCUCUUCAGUUUGUUAUGAGAAGUCCACUGCUCUUCAGCACUGCAGUGAUUUAGGAAAAGACCAGGUGCCGUUUGUUGUUCAUGAGUCUUGGUCUUGAGCACAUUACUUUACAGGUGUGUGUUCUUGUUGCUUAGGGAGCGAUUCCCUGAUUGUAUUUCAAAGAUUCCUAAAUAAGACCAAGGCAUUUUUGGAGACCUUUAGUACAAAAUAAACCUCCUUCUCUUUCUUUAUCUCUGAACCCUUAUCCUGACAUUUUGAAAGCCUUCGAUACAGUUGCUAAUAGUAUAUUUUUAAAACUCCUUGUAUUGGCACACCUUUAUACCAGUCCUGAUUCUUCUACUUUCAUAUACACAGCUUCUCUCACUCCUUCACCAGUUACUCCACUUCAUCUUGUCCACAGCUGUGGGAACUUCUCAAAAUUCAGUCCUGACCCUUGGUGAAGCAAUCUUUAAUUCUCUACUCCAUGACCUUCCAUAUCUUCAAUAUUACAAAGAACUAAGCCUUUCUUCUUUGGGGCAUUCAUAGUGCUAAUAGCCUCAUAUUGCAUUCUAUUUAAUUGCUCACAUGUUGGUCAUUACAUAAUAAUUAUGAGCAUUUUGUAGAUAGGGAAUUUUUCUUACUCUUCCCUGUAUUCCAAGCGUCUGUAAGAUGUUAAGUUAGUAAAUUAUAGUUGAGUGACUCUCUUUUAGUACUAUCAUAGUCAUAGAACUCAGUAACUUUUCAUUCACUUACAGGACUCAUUCACCUUUAUAAAAAUGACUUCCUGCAUAUCUUGCUUGUGCCAGUGCACCAUUUCAACUCCAGUUCUUCCAGCAGAACUGCUGCACACACAACCAACAUUAGGACUCCGUGUCUAGUUUCUCUUCUGACCUUCUGUUUCCUAAGCCUUCAUAUUGAGUGCCACGUUGACUUUUCAGGCAUGUGAACCUCACAAUUAUUAAGGCAUUCCUGGCUCUCACUUUAAAGAUUCCUUUGAUGAGGAUCCUUACAUUUAUUUAUAUCUAUGGAUCUAUAACUUUAGGGUGUUUUGAGAGACAUACUACUUCUUUUUACCUUUUGUUGCAUUGAAUUAUAGGUAUAUUCAGAGGAGAGUUAAGAGGUAGCUGCAUGACUUUUUCUGAACAUCCAAGAGUAGUUACUAUUUAAAAGUAUAUAGUAGUAGAUUAAGAAUGCCUCCACAGUAUUUAAUAUAUAGUCAGUCAAAACCUAGACUCCAUGUUAUGAUAACUUGUAGACAGUGGUUCUUUAGACUUUUGUAAUUGAUUGAUCAGAGAAGCAUAAAGAAAAGGGAGAUGAUUGAAUUGAUGUGCUAAGUAACUACUAUCAUUAUAGUUUAAUAAAAGACAUUUUAGGGAGAGACAUUGUGGUGAAGUGUGUUGAGACACCACUUGGAACUCCUGAAUCCCAUAUUAGAGUACCAGUUUGAGUUCUGGGUACUCCACUUCUGAUCCAGCUUCCUGCUAGUGUGCCUGGGAAGACAACAGAUGAUGGUUAAUGUACUUGAGUCUGCCACACAUGUGGGAGACUUGUAUGGAGUUCCAGGCUCUGGCUUUGGUCUGGCCCAGCCCCAACUACUAUCAUAAUGUGAGGAGUAUACAGCAGACGGAAGAUUUCUCUGUUUCUCUGUCUCUGUCACUGUGCCUUUCAAAUAAAUACAUAAAUAUACAAAUCUUUUAAAAAGAUGCUUUAGCACCAGAAAAGAAGGGGGAGAUGUAAUCUCAAUGUAUGGCUGUAGUCUUUUAAUUGGAAACAUUAAGCUUUAUUAUGGACUUUUAUUUUUUUUUCUCAUUUUGCUAUGUAUAAUGGAACUUUAGUCUUGAAUUAGAACUGGUCUACCAACAAAACUUUAAGAACUACUGCUCCAGAUUAAGCUAAAGCAGGAAAACUGCUAUUUAGGUUCACAUUAUGCCCCACAUUGUAAAGGACUGACUGUUAUCCCAGCAUUCAAUAUAAUUUUUAUCUCCCAUCCCACAUGCUUUCCUUACAAUGUGCUCAGGACUUGCCUCACACAGAGAGGUGGAUCUCUGUUUUUGCUUCUUGAAUCUAGAUGGGCUUGUGACUAUACUGCAAGUGAUUCCAUGUUAUUUCCAAAGUUAGAUCACAAAAGGUGAUGGAACUUCUGCUUAGUCCUGUUGAGCUACCCACUCUUGGAAACCAGCCCAUGGAGAAACCCACAUGGAACAAACUGAGGCCUUAGCCCAUUGCCCUAGCUGAGCUCCAUGCCAUAUAAGUAGACCAUCUUAAAAAUGGAUCUCUCCCAGUCAAGUCACCCAUCUGAUGCCACAUGGGGUGCAGGUAAACCUUCUUUCCUGAGCUCUGCAAAAUUGCAGAUGUGUAAGUAAAAUAAAGGAUUGUUACUGUU